CUCUCACAUAGCCUGCCCUACCCACUUCCACCGCCUUAGCUGACCGCACGCUCGAUCCCACACAGUAGCCAUCGAUUUCUCGCUCUCGUAGUCUUUGCCUGGCGUGGUAUACUUCACUUUCGGCCUCGUCUCAGAUCCCAAUCGCUGUCUUCGCGCAUCGCUGCAUAACACCCGUCAACACACCAAGCUCCGAGCACAGGCCCGCAUCGACGCAUCCUCCGACCUCGUCAACCACCACCACCGCUACAUCACGAACUCGCCUUGUCCACCACCCGACCCCUCGGUGACCCUGCUCCAAUUCUUUCAACGCCUCUCUUUCAUACGCAAUCAUGUCGCAGAACAGGCCUUCGGCGUUCUCUAGCUUACGCAUGGGCGAGGUAAUCCGCGAAAAGGUUCAGGAUGGCCUGACUGGAGAGACAAAAGAGAUGCAGUAUACCCAGUGCAAGAUCGUCGGCAACGGUUCUUUCGGUGUCGUUUUCCAGACCAAGCUGUCGCCCAGCGGCGAAGAUGCUGCCAUCAAGCGUGUACUCCAGGACAAGCGUUUCAAGAACAGAGAGCUCCAGAUCAUGCGGAUAGUGCGACACCCUAACAUUGUCGAGUUGAAGGCCUUCUACUACUCCAACGGCGAUCGCAAGGACGAGGUCUACCUCAAUCUCGUACUCGAAUUCGUGCCCGAAACUGUCUACCGCGCAUCCCGCUACUUUAAUAAGAUGAAGACAACUAUGCCCAUCCUCGAGGUCAAGCUCUACAUCUACCAGCUCUUCCGCUCCCUGGCCUACAUCCACAGCCAGGGAAUCUGCCACAGAGACAUCAAGCCGCAAAAUCUGCUCCUCGACCCCAACAGCGGUAUCCUCAAGCUCUGCGAUUUCGGAAGUGCAAAGAUUCUUAUCGAGAACGAGCCCAACGUUUCGUACAUUUGCUCGCGCUACUACAGAGCCCCCGAGCUCAUCUUCGGCGCAACCAACUACACAACAAAGAUUGAUGUCUGGUCUACCGGCUGUGUCAUGGCAGAGCUCAUGCUUGGUCAGCCCCUGUUCCCUGGUGAGUCGGGUAUCGAUCAAUUGGUCGAGAUCAUCAAGGUUUUGGGAACUCCUACUCGCGACCAAAUCCGCACCAUGAACCCCAACUACAUGGAACACAAGUUCCCCCAGAUCAAGCCUCACCCCUUCAACAAGGUCUUCCGCAAGGCCGACCCCAGUGCCAUCGAUCUCAUUUCCAAGCUUCUCGAAUACACACCGACACAGCGUUUGUCUGCCAUUGAGGCCAUGGUUCAUCCCUUCUUCGACGAGCUGAGGGACCCCAACACCCGAUUCCCCGACUCCCGUCACCCCGGAGGUGCUUCCAAGGACAUGCCUGAGCUUUUCAACUUCAACCACCACGAACUCUCAAUCGCUCCCCACAUGAACCACCAACUCGUCCCCGCUCACGUUCGUCCUCAAUUGGCAGCGAAGGGUCUUGAUAUCGACAACUUGACGCCUAUGACCAAGGAUGCCAUGAUGGCACGACUGGAUUAAAAGAACAACAAAAAGAAAAACUAUCGGCA